AUGGGCACCAAGAAGCGCGAUUCCUUCGACCUUCGCGACGACACUUCCUCAGAAAUCUCCGAGAACCGAUCUGGUGGUAUCGAGGCCGAAGUCUUCUCUCAGCCUGUCGGCUUCAUACCCAAAUUCCCUGCUCCUCCUCGGUAUAUCAAGGUCAAGGCCCAAUACAGAAAACGUAAGGACUUUGAUAGGCUGUUUUUGGCCCAGGUUAUCUUGGAUGCACCGAAAUCCAAAGGACGCAAGGCGUCAAUAGAUUCCAAGAUUCACAGCAUCAAUGAACCGCCCUCCAGCAACCCUCCUCCACCGACGAACCCAGCGAGUAAUGCAAUAUGGGCCAUGGAGUUCUCAAAGGACGGGAAAUACCUUGCCGCUGCGGGCCAGGACAGAAAGCUACGAGUCUGGGAGGUGAUUUCCACAGCUGACGAUCGUGAAGUAGAGGAGAAGCUGUCUGAGACUAACCGGGAGGGCGAACGGGUCAGGCUCAAUGCACCUGUCUUCAAAAGCAAGCUGCUACGCGAAUACGAGGGCCACACGUCCAGUAUCUUGGACCUGAGCUGGAGCAAAAACAACUUCCUCCUAUCUUCCUCCAUGGAUAAGACGGUCAGAUUGUACCAUGUCAGCCGAGCCGAAUGCUUAUGUGCUUUCAAACACAACGACUUCGUGACUUCAAUCCAGUUUCACCCGCGGGACGACCGUUUCUUUCUAGCAGGCUCGCUGGAUUCGAAGUUACGGCUAUGGAGCAUUCCUGACAAAACCGUGGCGUACUGGGCGCAAGUGCCGGACAUGGUGACUGCCGUCGCAUUUACGCCAGAUGGCAGGACCGCUAUUGCUGGAUGUCUGAACGGGUUAUGCAUACUCUACGACACCGAAGGUCUCAAAGCACAUUCGCAGAUUCAUGUGCGGUCGGCGCGAGGGAAAAAUGCCAAAGGUAGCAAGAUCACAGGGAUUGACACGAUUGCCCUUCCUCGAGAGAAUGCACCGCCAGAUGUCAAGCUCUUGAUUACUAGCAACGACUCUCGAGUGCGAAUGUACAACCUGAAGGACAGAACGCUUGAGGUGAAAUUUCGCGGGAACGAGAAUUCGUGCAGUCAAAUCCAUGCGUCAUUUAGCGACGAUGGUAAAUAUGUGAUAUGUGGGAGUGAGGAUCGAAAGGUCUAUCUAUGGCCUACCUCUGUCAAUGAGAGACCCGACAACGACAAGCGCCCGAUGGAGGUAUUUGAAGCUCACUCAGCAAUCGUGACCGCGGCGCUUCUAGCUCCAGAGACGACGAGGCGCUGGCUUGCACAAUCUGGAGACCCUCUCUACGACUUGUGCAACCCGCCACCUGUGACUCUGGUCAGUCGUGCCGAUUCUGUCAUCUCCUCCCGAGCGGCGACCAGCAACCACUCAGACGAUAGGCAUCUGAUGCCAGACAAGCGAACAUCACAUUCGCCCAAACGCGCUCCUCAGACACCAGCAUAUCUAGCACGACACGCACAUCCCGGCGGUCAGAUUAUCGUCACCGCCGACUAUACCGGGCAAAUCAAGAUAUUUCGACAGGAUUGCGCAUUUCAAAAGCGGCGUCAAGAAUCAUGGGACGCAAGCUCGACGUUCUCGAAAAAAGUCCUUGGGCGGAGCGGAUCUGUGGCUACGCGGCAUUCUGGCAGUACUUCCUUGCGUCGCAACUCUUUUGCCAUGAGCUCCAAAAACCAUUCGACCGAUCGGAUCCUGAAUUGGAGAAACUCUGUGAGCGUCAAUCACGCCGCUGUGAACGGGUCUACUGGCGCGCUCGAGGUUCGUCGCUCCUUGGGCUACGACGACCGGUCACGUAGCGCAUCACCACAUAAACUAAUCUCGCCCCGUCUUUCUAUGCAAAGGGCAUCGCCCCCGUCCAAGGAGACGCUCACGUCCGUCAAAUCUCCCGAAUAUCAUUCACCCUUGCAUCAGGUCCAACAUAGACCGUCGAUAUCGGUCCAGUCCCCUCUGGCGGAAUCAGCUUCCCAAUCCAACCCCCCCGAGCCGACCCCGACAAGCGUGGAGCUAGUGAAUUCCAAUUCGGCUGCAGAAGGCCUCCCACACAACCCCGGCAAUCCUCUUCUUCUAGUGGACCAACAGUCCUAUCUGGCGUGGGACGUGAAGAACACAUUAGUGCCAAUGGCCAGGCACAUACCUCGGAGCCCUGCCCAUCUCAACACUGACGAAAAUCCCCUUUCCCGGUCGGGCAGCUAUGUGAGCCAGCUGUCCAGCGAGCUCACGGGUUCAGACCUUGAGGGGAACAGCGCCAGCGCCAGCGCUCAAGAGGGGGAUGGCGACGGAGAGAGGAUUAGGGACAGCACGCGCAGAUUACGUGGCCGACGGAGAAAGAGUGCCGACAGCAAGAAUGAGCUCCGUUGCAGAAAGUGUGGGAGCAACACCUUCAAGGCGACCAUGACGGAUAAGGGCCAGAGCUUUCGCUGUAAGGAGUGCGGAACUGUCGUCUAA